GCCCACAUAGAAGCUGAGAAAAUCUUACUCCAGUCGAAUUUCGAAAUUUCAGUUAGAAGGAAGAAGAAGAUGAUGAUGAUGAGGAAGAAGAAGAAGAUGAGCUUUAAUGGCGGAUUAAGCAGCGAGAGCUCAAAAACGUCAACAACGCCAACAACAUCGUCAUCAACAUACAAAGAAGAAGAAGUAGAGUGGGAGAUGCGACCAGGUGGAAUGCUCGUCCAGAAACGAUGCGAGAAUGAGAAAUCCAAGUCUUCUUCAGCACCGAUCCUAAGGUUACGAAUCUCCUACGGUGCUCUCCGUUAUGAGAUAUCCAUUAAUUCCCAAUCCACUUUUGGGGAGCUGAAGAAGCUUCUAGCGGCGGAGACGGGUUUGCAACCGGCGGAGCAGAGGCUGUUGUACAGAGGGAAGGAGAGAGAGAACGGAGAGUACUUGGACAUGUCUGGUGUGAAGGACCGAUCGAAAUUGGUGUUGGUGGAAGAUCCGGCCAGUACAGAGAAGAGAUUCCUCGAGAUGCGUCGGAAUGCGAAGAUCCAGAGCGCUCGUUGUGCCAUCUCCGACGUUGCCCUGGAAGUUGACAAGUUGGAUGAUCAGGUUUCUGCAAUUGAGAAGUCUAUAGCAAAUGGGAAUAAGGUGCCAGAAGUUCAAAUAACAACAUUGAUAGAGAUGCUGAUGAGACAAGCAAUCAAGCUAGAUAGUAUACCAGCAGAAGGAGAUGUUUCUGCACAAAAGAACUUGCAGGGCAAAAGGGUGCAAAAAUGUGUUGAGUCCCUAGAUGUGCUCAAAGUCUCAAAUGCAAGGAUAAAGCCUGUGGUUGUCACAACCAAUUGGGAGACCUUUGAGUCCCCAAUUACACCUCGAUGGGAAUUUUUCAAUUGAAAUUCUCUUCUUUUCUUUUGCAUUCAUUUUUCAUGUACUUGAUAUGUGAAAACAUAAACAAGUUAUUCUAGUUCUAGAGUAAAUUCUCUUAAUAAACUCACCAAAUAAGCUUAUUAUC